UCUACAUUGUUUUUGCAGACAGAACUCACCUCCCCAUUGACUUCACUCUCAAAUCUUCCAAACAUUCAAUUCCACCUGCUACUCCAUCUCUAUAAAAUUCUCUCUUCUUCUUUCUCUCUCUCAGUGUUUCUACGUUUGAGAAUGUAUUUUCAGCUUCUUGCGAUCUUUUCUCUUCUUCCUCUCCUUUGUCUUUUAAAAUUCCUGCACUCGGUCAUAUGGAUUCCAUGGAAAAUCCAGAAACAUUUCAAGAAUCAAGGUAUAACGGGUCCUGCCUACUGCCCGAUCACCGGAAACACGGUCGAGAUCCGGCGUCUCUACGCAGAAGCUCAGUCCAAACCAAUAUCCGUUGACCUCCACAGUAUUCUCCACCGCAUCGCUCCUUUCUACCACGUCUGGUCUAGGAAGUAUGGGAAGAUGUUCCUCUACUGGUUCGGGUGUAAGCCCAGGCUGGCCGUAUCCGACCCGGAUAUGAUAAAGGAGAUUGCUACGAGGACCGGAGGAUCGUUCAACAAGAUCCGGUUCAACCCUUUAUCAAGGCAACUCUUCGCACAGGGACUUGUUGGGCUAGAGGGUGAGAAAUGGGCCUUCCACAGGAGGAUCGCCAACCAAGCCUUUACCAUGGAUCGAGUUAAGGGUUGGGUACCAGAAAUUGUUGGCAGCACGGUGAAAAUGAUGGAGAAAUGGGAGGAAAUAAGAGGAGGAAGAGAUGAAUUUGAAAUGGAAAUUCAUAAACAACUUCAUGAGUUGUCAGCUGAUGUUAUAUCAAGAACAGCUUUUGGAAGCAGUUUUGAGGAAGGGAAACGCAUCUUUCUGUUGCAAGAACAGCAUGCUCGCCUCGUUUCUCUGGCUUUGAGAAGUGUUUAUAUUCCUGGGUUCAGGUUUUUACCCACCAAGAAUAACAGAGAGAGGUGGAGACUUGAGAAGGAAACUCGUCAGUCAAUAAGGACAUUGAUUGAGAUGAUCAGCAGGGACAAAGCCAGAGAAAAUUCAAGAAAUCUACUUAGUCUUCUCAUGUGCUGGUACAAGAACGAGGAUGGUGAAGAAGAGAGAUUAGAUGUGGAGGAAAUUAUAGACGAGUGCAAGACAUUCUAUUUUGCAGGGAAAGAAACAACUGCAAAUCUUAUGACUUGGGCUCUUGUCCUUUUAGCCUUGUACCCAGACUGGCAAAGCAAGCUUCGCGAAGAAGUUACCAAUGUUUGCGGACCCAACAAAUUUCCUACUGCAGAUAAACUGAACGAGCUUAAACUUGUAAGCACGGUGAUCAACGAGACACUUAGGCUCUAUCCUCCUGCAGUGAUGUUGACGAGGGAAACAUCUGAGAAAGUGAAGCUGGGAAACAUUGACAUUCCUGCUAAAACCCAGCUGUACUUGGCCAUCGCUGCUGUACAUCAUGACACUGAGAUAUGGGGGGAAGAUGCUAAUGAAUUUAAUCCAUUGAGAUUCAAGGAGCCUAGAAAACAAACAGCAGCUUUUCUUCCAUUUGGGUUGGGUCCUAGAACCUGCGUUGGUCAAAAUCUAGCAUUGGUUGAAGCAAAAAUUAUGCUGGCUAUCAUCCUCCAACGCUAUUCUUUCGUCUUGUCACCAAGUUAUAUUCAUGCUCCUAUGCUGUUUAUGACAGUGCAGCCUCAAUAUGGGACGCACGUCCUUUUUCGCAGGAUCUCCAAUUCAUGACUUCUUUUUUUUUUUCUCAACCUUCAAUCGAAAAGGUAAAAGAUACCCAAGUCUCCCAUUUAACUUUUAUGUACUUUUCUUUACUUGUAUAUAUUACCAAACCAGUAGAAUUAUGUUAAAAUCUUGUGGGAUAGAAGCUAUGGUUACUUGGGUAGGGGCACUGUGACCAUAGUUAUAGAGAACCAUUUAUGUUAAAGAAAAAGAUAUCGAGAUUAUCUCAGUAAUUCCUUAUUAUA